AUGCCGGCCAACUCGGAGAAGGAGCACCUGUCCAUCGUGAUUUGCGGCCAUGUCGACAGCGGCAAGUCCACCACCACCGGCCGCUUGAUCUUCGAGCUUGGUGGGCUGCCCGAGCGUGAGCUGGAGAAGCUGAAGCAGGAAGCGGAGCGUCUGGGCAAGGGCUCAUUCGCAUUCGCCUUCUUCAUGGACAGGCAGAAGGAGGAGCGCGAGCGAGGCGUGACCAUCUCCUGCACCACCAAGGAGUUCUUCACCGAGAAGUGGCACUACACCAUCAUCGAUGCCCCGGGCCACCGCGACUUCAUCAAGAACAUGAUCACUGGUGCAUCCCAGGCCGACGUGGCCCUGAUCAUGGUGCCCGCAGACGGAAACUUCACCACGGCCAUUGCCAAGGGCAACCACAAGGCUGGCGAGAUCCAGGGCCAGACCCGUCAGCACUCCCGGCUGAUCAACCUGCUCGGCGUGAAACAGAUUUGCAUCGGCGUGAACAAGAUGGACUGCGACACGGCGGGCUACAAGCAGGCCCGCUACGAUGAGGUUGCCAACGAGAUGAAGAGCAUGCUGGUGAAGGUGGGCUGGAAGAAGGACUUCAUUGAGAAGAACACCCCCGUGAUGCCGAUCUCCGGCUGGAUGGGCGACAACUUGCUGAAGAAGUCCGACAACAUGGCCUGGUGGAAGGGUCAGGACGUGGAGGUCGGGUCCGAGAAGAUCCAUGUGGACACCGUCUAUGACGUCCUGGACAAGAUGUGCCGUGUGCCCGAGCGACCCAUCAGCGCCCCGAUGAGGAUGCCGAUCUCCGGCAUCUACAAGAUCAAGGGUGUCGGUGAUGUCCUGGCUGGCCGUGUGGAGCAGGGAGUGGUGAAGCCUGGAGAGGAGGUGGUUUUCCUGCCCACCCACACCGCCUCCAACCCGUGCACAGGCAAGGUCUUCACUGUGGAGAUGCACCACAAUCGUGUGGACUUCGCCAACCCGGGCGACAACGUCGGCCUCAACAUCAAGGGCCUGGACAAGAACAACAUGCCCCGUUCCGGUGACGUCAUGGUGUACAAGAAGGACACCACCCUUGGCCAGACCAAGGAGUUCGAUGCCCAGAUCCAGGUCCUGGACAUCCCCAACGAGAUCAAGGUGGGAUACUCCCCUAUUGGCUUCGUGCGCUGCGGCCGUGCGGCCUGCCGCGUGUCCUCCCUGAAGUGGAAGAUGGGUAAGGAGACCGGCGGCAAGAAGAUGGAGGACCCCCACUCCUUGAAGUCCAACGAGAUGGCUCAGUGCAGCUUCCAGCCACAGCAGCCUCUGGUGUGCGACACCUUCAAGAACUGCGAGGGUCUGUCCCGGGUUGCCUUCAUGGAUGGCAACGGUGUGGUGAUGCUGGGGAAGGUGGUGAGCUGCGAGCGCAAGGGCGAGGGGCGCCUGCGGACGGGAUUCUUAUGUGGGACCGUCCAGGCUCGAGCUCGCCGCAGGUCCGCCGCAUUUUGUCGCACAGGGUCAGUCUUCGCCAUGCCGGCCAAUUCGGAGAAGGAGCACCUGUCCAUCGUGAUUUGCGGCCAUGUCGACAGCGGCAAGUCCACCACCACCGGCCGCUUGAUCUUCGAGCUUGGUGGGCUGCCCGAGCGUGAGCUGGAGAAGCUGAAGCAGGAAGCGGAGCGUCUGGGCAAGGGCUCGUUCGCAUUCGCCUUCUUCAUGGACAGGCAGAAGGAGGAGCGCGAGCGAGGCGUGACCAUCUCCUGCACCACCAAGGAGUUCUUCACCGAGAAGUGGCACUACACCAUCAUCGAUGCCCCGGGCCACCGCGACUUCAUCAAGAACAUGAUCACUGGUGCAUCCCAGGCCGACGUGGCCCUGAUCAUGGUGCCGCAGACAGGAAACUUCAACCACGGCCAUUGCCAAGGGCACCACAAGGCUGGCGAGAGGGGGACUGCCGACACGGCGGGCUACAAGCAGGACGUGGAGGUCGGGUCCGAGAAGAUCCAUGUGGACACCGUCUAUGACGUCCUGGACAAGAUGUGCCGUGUGCCCGAGCGACCCAUCAGCGCCCCGAUGAGGAUGCCGAUCUCCGGCAUCUACAAGAUCAAGGGUGUCGGUGAUGUCCUGGCUGGCCGUGUGGAGCAGGGAGUGGUGAAGCCUGGAGAGGAGGUGGUUUUCCUGCCCACCCACACCGCCUCCAACCCGUGCACAGGCAAGGUCUUCACUGUGGAGAUGCACCACAAUCGUGUGGACUUCGCCAACCCGGGCGACAACGUCGGCCUCAACAUCAAGGGCCUGGACAAGAACAACAUGCCCCGUUCUGGUGACGUCAUGGUGUACAAGAAGGACACCACCCUUGGCCAGACCAAGGAGUUCGAUGCCCAGAUCCAGGUCCUGGACAUCCCCAACGAGAUCAAGGUGGGAUACUCCCCCAUUGGCUUCGUGCGCUGCGGCCGUGCGGCCUGCCGCGUGUCCUCCCUGAAGUGGAAGAUGGGCAAGGAGACCGGCGGCAAGAAGAUGGAGGACCCCCACUCCCUGAAGUCCAACGAGAUGGCUCAGUGCAGCUUCCAGCCACAGCAGCCUCUGGUGUGCGACACCUUCAAGAACUGCGAGGGUCUGUCCCGGGUUGCCUUCAUGGAUGGCAACGGUGUGGUGAUGCUGGGGAAGGUGGUGAGCUGCGAGCGCAAGGGCGAGGACGACAAGGGUGGCAAGAAGAAGUGA